CCAUUUCUGGAUGUGAUUGCGGGUGUUUGUUUCAUCCGGACACUUUUCACGGUGACGCAGAGCCGGAAUGGCGGCGCCCGUGUUCACAAUGCUGCGAAAGGUGUCUCGUUCACAUGCUGCUGUGAGACUCUUGUGCUCGCGUGCAGUGACUGCAGAAACUGCAGCUCAUCAGGACACAAUCAGAGCGGCGACGUUUCCUCCACUGCAGAGUUACUCUGAGGAAGAGACUAUGAUGAGAGACGCAGUGAAGAAAUUCGCUCAGGAACGCAUCGCUCCGUUUGUGUCAAAGAUGGAUGAGAACUCUGCGAUGGACGCAGAAGUGAUCCGGUCUCUGUUUGAGCAGGGAUUGAUGGGGAUCGAGAUCGGAGCAGAAUACGGAGGAACCGGUUCCACGUUCUUCUCUUCCAUCCUGGUGAUCGAGGAGCUGGCGAAGGUGGACCCGUCUGUGUCCGUUCUGUGUGACAUUCAGAACACCCUGAUAAACACCCUACUGAUCAAGCUGGGCACAGACGAGCAGAAAGAGCGAUACCUCACCCGCCUCGCCAGCGAUAUGAUCGGCAGUUUCUGUUUGUCAGAGGCGGAGUCGGGCAGCGAUGCAUUCUCUCUGAAGACCAAAGCAGAGAAACAGAAAGAUUAUUACAUCAUCAACGGCUCCAAGAUGUGGAUCAGUAACGCAGAACACGCUGGAGUGUUUCUGGUCAUGGCAAACGCAGAUCCCGCUGCUGGUUACAGGGGCAUCAGCUGCUUCCUCGUGGACAGAGACACUGAUGGGCUUCAUAUCGGGAAGAAGGAAAAUAAACUGGGUCUGCGAGCGUCAUCCACAUGCCCUCUGACCUUUGACAACGUGAAGGUCCAUGAGAAGAACAUUCUGGGGAAAAUCGGUCACGGUUAUAAAUACGCCAUCGGAAUGCUGAAUGAGGGCCGGAUCGGUAUCGCUGCACAGAUGCUCGGUUUGGCUCAAGGCUGUUUCGAUCACACAGUUCCGUACACCAGACAGAGGAUUCAGUUCGGCAAACGAAUCUUUGACUUCCAGGGAAUGCAGCAUCAGAUCGCUCAUGUGGCCACUCAGCUGGAAGCCGCCAGACUGUUGACCUAUAACGCGGCUCGUUUGAAGGAGGCGGGACGUCCGUUCAUCAAAGAGGCCUGUAUGGCCAAAUAUUUCGCCGCUGAGGUUGCGUCUCUGACCACGUCAAAAUGCAUCGAGUGGAUGGGCGGCGUGGGCUUCACUAAAGACUAUCCCAUCGAGAAAUAUUACCGAGACUGUAAAAUAGGAACGAUUUAUGAGGGAACGACAAACAUUCAGCUGAGCACCAUGGCAAAGUUUAUUGAUCAAGAAUAUGAUGGAUAAAUCCAACAUGAAGCAUCUGUGUGUGAAAUACAGUCGACAAGUUCAUAAAACUACAAUAAUAUAUAAGCUAUACGAUAGAUUUGAUGUAUUUACAUGUUUUCUGAACACAAGAUGAAUCUAAACACUCCUCUAAAUGUUACUAAAAACUGUUCAAUGAGUUUGAUCGAGAUUCAGAAGUCUCUGCUAAAUCUCGAGUUCAUCAUUCCUGUAGUUAUUUGUCUUUUAGGAAUCAUAAAUGUUUCAGUAGCACUGGCAUGACAUAACACAAGUUUAUUUCAAAGUUUGAACUCCUCAUUAAUGAAUUUCCACUGUAGCAGAACGACACACGACUCAUGAUGAAAGAUGAUUUCGUGUUUUACUCUUUACAACAGGUCAAACUUAUGUAGAAGCCCAUAAUGACAUGAAAUAAUCAUUAGAUUUAUUUAUAAUCACAUUAACAUGUUAUUGGUUGAGCUAGUGCCUUAUUGAUAAUGGAGUGAAUAAGAACACGUGUUGAAACUGAUGGACUGUUUAUCUCAGUCGUGUAUUUCAUGUUUGUGUUAUUAAACAGAUGUAUGAGCAAACA